AUGGCCCCCAUCGCAGCUAUCCUUUGUGGCAAAGAGCCGAAAAUGGCACAAGGCAUGAUCAAGCUUCUGGCUCCAAAAAUUGAAGUCGUCCACGUGUGCACCUCUCGAGGCACGGCCGUGUCGGAAAUCCCGGCCUUGCUUAAAGGCGAAACGACAGCGCCGUCGUCAGGGUUGGGUGCCAAUGCAGAGGGGAGUGCUCGCAGCGACGUUUCUCUCGUCGUUAUCGGCGGAGGCUACUCGAAGGAUGACGUUCAAGCGAUCAAGGAAGCUGCAGAUGCGGUCAAGCCGUUGCCAUUGUUCUGCGCCGAUGUCAGCAAGACGGCUGGAUCGGGCCCUCCACCGCCGGACAUGAUCAAGAAGAGAAUCAUCGAGAGCAUUGAGAAGGAGGAGAAGGGUGAAGGGGAAUGGACUCCUGGUGUCUACAUGUACUGA